CCAGAGCCGGCCCACACGGCGUCUUCACGGGUCGGACUGACGCCUCCUUUCCUCCCUCCCUCCCUCCUUCCUCCCCCCGGUCUCUGUCUCUCCUCCCCUCUCUCCUCCCUCUAUCAGUCAGCGCGCCCGUUGGCACAGCUACGAUUGAAAGUGACACAGUCUGAUCAGAGAACGCUCCUCUGCGCCCGCUGCUUUUCUUCUCGGUCACGUUUGUGUCCGGUUGUGUUUUGGUUUGCUUUCCCCCCGCCGGGCAGUGUGUUGUGCAUCCGAGCUGCUGCGUCGCUCUUUUUUUUUCUUUUCUUGUUUCUUUAUUUUUCUUUCCCGCGGGGAUGAAGCCAUGAGUUCAGAAAGGAGCAGGCGGGUGUCAUAGAAGCGCGACAGUAGAGAGAAACAGUGCACUCCGAUCCACUGCUUUUACGCACAACACGCACACCUUUCACAGCCACACAAUCUCACAGAAGUAACUAACUUUUUCCUCUGUGGAUCUCCGGCCCGGCUCCGAGUCCAGCUUCGAGCUAAGAACCAGCGUGACUUGCCGCCCGCGUUUCCCCCGGAGCCGAACCGACAGCCAGCCCUGGAUUCACUACUGCUGAUCAAUGGACAGAGCCUCCUCAGCGGGCAGCAGCGCUACAGACACGCGGUGAACAACUCAUUCUCUCUGGCUGGGGCUCCUCUGGGAGUGUGGAGGAGGAUGGAGCGAGGAAGGGAGAGUCCCGUCACCCAGGACAGCCCCGAGCGGAGGGGAGGCAGCCCGGACCUCGGUGGGCUCCCGCCGCCAGGGAAGAAGGGCCGGCUGGAGCUCAACGGGAGCCCCACGGGGCCGCGCAUUCGCCACAACGGAGCCCCGCCGCCGCGGCCACUCGGAGGUCUGAUGAUUCCGGUCUUCUGUGUGGUGGAGCAGAUGGAUGGAGGGAUUCCGACGGAUGGAUGCGAGGGACGGGAGGAGCACGCAGAGUUCGUGCUGGUCAGGAAGGAUAUUCUCUUUUCUCAGCUGGUGGAGACGGCUCUGCUGGCCCUCGGCUACUCCCAUAGCUCUGCUGCACAAGCCCACGGCAUCAUCAAGGUGGGAAGGUGGAACCCUCUGCCCAUCCACUUCCUGACCGACGCCCCAGAAGCCACCGUUGCUGACAUGCUGAUGGAGGUCUACCACAUGGUCACACUACGCAUCCAACUGCAGAGUUUUGCGAAGCUGGAGGACCUUCCCUCUGAGCAGUGGAACCACGCCACCGUCAGAAACGCUCUCAAAGAGCUGCUGAAGGAGAUGAACCAAAGCACGCUGGCCAAAGAGUGUCCGCUGUCCCAGAGUAUGAUUUCCUCCAUAGUGAAUAGUUCGUACUACGCCAACGUCUCCACUGCCAAAUGUCAGGAGUUUGGUCGUUGGUACAAGAAAUACAAGAAAAUCAAAGCAGGUGAUUAUCUGGAGAAAAUGUGGACCGGACGAGACCCUGCUGACAUUAAGAUUGAGCGGGACAACAUGGCAGACUUCUGCAUGCUGGGACAGAGACCCCCUCCUCACCUGACCAGUCUGGCUCAGCUCAGCCACUUGAACGCCGGCAGUCCUCUCCUCAAAGCCGGGUCUGGGGAUCCACAGGCGCCUCCUCAGCCUCCUCCCCCUCAGCAGCAGCAGCCCUCCCCUCACGGCCCCCUCCAUCACAGCCCUCCUCUCCGGACGGGGCAGGUGCCUCCCCCUCCCCCGCCGCCCCCGCCCGGCGCCCUGCAGCCCCUGCUGGGGCCGGGCGGGCUGCUGUCCCCUCAGCUCUCCCCUCAGAUGGUCCGCCAACAGCUGGCCAUGGCCCACCUCAUCAACCAGCAGCUAGCCGUGAGCCGCCUGCUGGCCCACCAGCACCCCCAGACCCUCAACCAGCAGUUCCUCAACCACCCGCCCAUCCCUCGGGGCUCGUCCAAGGGCGGGGAGCAUCCCGGCAGCAACCCGUCAGCCGCCGAAGUGUCCUCCGACAUCUAUCAGCAAGUCAGAGACGAGCUGAAGAGAGCCAGCGUCUCCCAGGCCGUGUUCGCCCGCGUGGCGUUCAACCGCACACAGGGCUUGCUCUCAGAAAUCCUGAGGAAGGAAGAGGACCCUCGGACGGCCUCGCAGUCGCUGCUCGUCAACCUGAAGGCCAUGCAGAACUUCCUGAACCUGCCCGAGAGCGAGAGAGACCGCAUCUACCAGGAGGAGAGGGAGCGCACCAUGAACCCAUCGGUGGGCCUUCCUGCCUCCAACUCCUCCAGCCCUGGUGGCGCUCGCCUCUCACAGAAAGUGUGGGAGAGGAGCCUGGAUGAUCAGAUAACCUCUGAUACCUGGGCCUCCAUCUGGAAGAACAAGACCAAGAUCUCAAACUCUCCCAAGCCGCCUGGUCCCGCCCCAGACCUCCCUCUGAAGCUGGAGUCGCUGGUCAACAUCACGUCGGGCAUCUAUGACGAGAUUCAGCAGGAGAUGAAGAGAGCCAAGGUGUCCCAGGCUCUGUUCGCCAAGGUGGCCGCCAACAAGAGCCAGGGCUGGCUGUGUGAGCUGCUUCGGUGGAAGGAGAACCCCAGCCCCGAGAACCGCACCCUCUGGGACAACCUGUGCACCAUUCGGAGGUUCCUGACGCUGCCGCAGGCGGACAGGGACCUGGCGUACGAGGAGGAGUCCCGACAUCACCACACCGAGAGGCUGCACACGGUCCUCCACCUGCCUCAGGACGCACAGUUCUACUGUCUUUCUCGCCAGGCGCUUCACAGGCCGGCUCAGACGCCCAUGAAGGAGCACCGUCUGUCUCCGAUGCGUGAAGAGCCGCUACCUGCCGCCGUGAACGAGGACAGGUCGCAGAACACGGCAGCGGGGGCGACGGGCGGAUGUCCUCCUGCUGCCGUCGGCAGCGCCGGGAGCAACAAGAAGCCACGGUCGCGCACUAAGAUUUCCCUGGAAGCCCUGGGCAUCCUGCAGAGCUUCAUCCAGGACGUGGGCCUGUACCCCGACCAGGAGGCCAUCCACACCUUGUCUGCACAGCUGGACCUCCCCAAACACACCAUCAUCAAGUUCUUCCAGAACCAGCGCUACCACGUCAAGCACCACGGCCGCCUUAAGGAGCUGGGCGAGGGCGCCGCCGCCAGCGGAGGAGUGGACGUCAGCGAGUACAGAGAGGAAGAGCUCCUCUCCGGCUCGGAGGACCCCGAGUCCAGCGAGGACGGAGCCGAGGAGAUCUACCCGCCCACAGAGGCCAGCGCCGGGAGCACGGGGGGACUGAACCCGCCUCCGUCGUCCUCCAGCUCCAGCCAGUCGUCCUCAGGGACCAACGCGGCUCAGGAGGACGGCAAGGACCAGGGCCACGGGCGGCUCGGUGGCCCUCUGGCCCCCGGGAGCUCCUCGUCCAGUCCCCGAGAUCAGACUGACUACCAGAGGUAGAGACUGACGGACAGAGAGUCGAGGAGAGAGCGAAAGAGAAACGGAGGAAAAACAGGAAACACUAAUGGGGAUCUCGUCCUGAACACACGGAGGAUGGAAGAAAAAGAAAAGCUGUAUGAGACACGAACGUCUAUGCAGGCACAUCGACCGAGAAACAAAUCAACUGAAAUACUAGGUUUGUUGGGACAGUUUUCAACUUGUGGAGUGAAUUUACCUCAGUAGAGACGGCAGGUUUACGCGAGCGGUCGUAGACUGUUUUCCCCAAAAGUGUUUUAAUACGUCACCCUGAUUUGAACUAGCAGAUAAGAGUUUUUGCUGCUCAUGCCUUCGAUUUACAAGCAGAAACAAUCAAAUGACCUUCCUCUCAUCAACCACAAACGACACCCCGAUGAAGUCUGAGCACAGUCACACAGGACGCACUCCCAAACCGUCGGGCGGAGAGGACCUGGGGCCUUCAGAGACUCACAAAACCCUCAAAUUCCUCAGGAGACACACUGACGUUGCUUUUGCCCGCCGGAGGACGCAGGUAGAAGACGCACGCUGGUGUAUCUAUAAGCUUUAUUUCAUUGAAAAGAGAAAAGAAAAGAAAAAAGAAAGGCCAGUGGCUGCCCCGCAUCCCGCCCCAGCCUCACGUUGACACCCUGUCUAGCACUUACUGUUCACAGAGACUGAUAUUUCAUGGAUGUGAUGAACCCCUCGCCUUUCCUCCCUCCCUCCUCUCGAGGCGUGCAAGUAUUAAAAGCGAGGCCCUGAGAAGAGCGGCGGCCGGCAGAUCGAGAGGAUGUGGCGAGGAGGGACGCUCGGGCCUGAACCCUUCCCGGCACCGCCCACGAAUGUGUGGUGAGGGGGGAAAAAAAAAAAAAAAAUUAAAAAAAAUGUCAAGGCGGGAAAGACAGCGCAGAGAUUCAGCAACCAAACAAUCUGUCACUUUAUGUGCGGUAGUCCACCCCUUCCACCCCCCCUCCCUCUGUCUAACUGGUGCCCACAGUCUUGUGUUUCACCACACCUACCCGCACUUAAACUUCACCAACCCUAUUUAUUGCUAUCUUUAUCCAUGAUUAUUAUUAUCAUUAUUGUUAUUAUUGUUGUUAUUAUGGUUAGAAUUGCUGUCAUGGCGUGCUAUUUUUAGCUUUUAUUUCCAUGGUUUGAAAUAUUGGUUUUCAGAUUUGGGCGGUUGUUUGGAGAGGACAAAGUGCUCUGCCCUGAGCGAGGAGGAAGCAGCAGAGGCGAAGGAAAAUAAAGAGAAGCAGUUACUGAGUGUUAAAACCUGACCUGUCCUGUUGUAUUAUGCCUUUUUUUUUUAUUGCUCUGUUCCCCCCCCCCCCCCGAAAAAAAAAGAAAAGAGAGAAAUAGUUCCGAGAGCAAAAUGUGUGUUUCUUUUUGCUGCAGUUGAUGACAAUCUACUUUUUGAGCCAUGAAAGAAAAGUUCGACUCUGUUCUUCACUUUUAUGUGUGUAAAUAACCCGACACGGGAUCUGUUGUAAUUGUUGUACUUUCGUUUUUGCUGCGUGACUUCAAAAGUUUGAGCCAGUGGAGGGGGGGGGGGGGGCCGGGACGAUUCGAUGAGAAAUUCAAACACAAGACUAUUUAAGAAACGGCGUUCCUACUUUUUCGUCCAGCGUCUGGUGCAGUCGUGUAAAUGUACAGUAUGUUUUGAAACGAUACCUGAGCAGGGACCGCGUCCCGCGUGACCGUCCUGAUCAGCUGCUACACUCGAACAGAUGACCUGCCUUUUCAAUGAUUACUCCGUAUGAUGAUAUUGUGCUUUUCUGUGUGACAGGAAUCAGGGUUAUUCUCAAAACGCAGUUCCAACGAAAUCUUAGUUCAUCAGUGUUGAAGUGAAUUAAAAUUUGUGAAUUCAAAA